AUGAUCAAUGCUGAAAUUUUAUGCCGUGUUUGUGGUGAUCGAGCUAGUGGACGACAUUAUGGAGUUCAGAGUUGUGAUGGAUGUCGAGGCUUUUUUAAGCGAUCGGUGAGACGUUCGAUGAAAUAUGAAUGCAAAGAUCGCAAGCAAUGCAUUGUGGAUGUCGCAAGAAGAAAUCAAUGUCAAGCAUGUCGUUUUCGCAAAUGUCUUGCUGUAUCUAUGAAUCCAUGUGCUGUACAAAAUGAACGAAAAAUACGAUCGAAUUCAACAAAAACAUUUCAAGAAAGGUGUCGUAAUUAUCUGAUAGCAUCCACUGAUGAGCUUACGCAAAAGUUAAGGAACAAAAAAACAAAGGCUUGCUUUAUAGAUCAUGGAACAAGAAAUCAGCAUUCUGCAUUUGUAAAGCGAUUGAAAGAAGUUGGACAAUUUAGCCAGUUGAAUUCAAGUAUUUAUCUAAAUUUCAUGUUACGAUUUAUGAUGCUAUCACCACCUUUAUCACAUAUCAGUAUCGAGGAACGCAUUUUAUUAUUGAAUCAUUCCUGGCAUAUGCUAUUUAUUGUCAAUUAUGCGACAUAUUUUGAAAGCAAUGUUAUUAAAUUUGGUGAACUGCAAACAGUUUUGGAAAUUUUGGAUUCAUUAAUGCUAACACCAUUUGAAAUUUGGUACCUAUGCAUGAUUAUUAUUUCUGAAUCAGUGAACGAAAUUUUUGGUAAUUUACCAGCGCUGUAUGCUUAUCGAAAUGAAGCAUUUAUUUUACUUAUGAAAUGUGAAACAUACGCAAUGGUUGCAUUAAUGCAAAACAAUAAAAAUCGAAUCGGAAAACUGAUGAAAUUGAAGGAAUUACUUCAAACAAUUUCAAAAGAAACUGUAUUGCAAACCUUUUUCCCAAAUUCUAUUAGAAAUCAAUUAUAG